ACUCUGCAAUUUCUGCAUGUGUCUUUAUUGUUUUCUCGCUCCACUUCUUCUUCUUCCUCGUCCUCUCCACCAAAAUCCCUAACCCUAAACCUCGAUUUUCCCGCCCAAAAUGUAUCAGUCAAUGAAUCUAUCUUUUUCUUCUAACUUUACCCACCGAUCCUUUCUCAAACCACGAUUAAGCUCCGGAAUCUCCGCCAGAGCUCCCAAAUUCCUCCAUUUCAAAUUCAAUCCUUCAUGCCUCUCCUCCGGCUCCAAAUCGGACGAUUCACCUCUAUCGGAGAAGCUCAUUUCGCUUCUCAAAGCUGUCCCUAAUUGGUCAGACGGCAUCAAAGAGAGACGGAUGCAACAGAAACGAUCUCUCUACACUCACGAGAAUUGGGUCAGACACAGAAGCUCUCUUCGCCAUCUGCGUCAUGUAUCUUCGAGUCCGUCUUCACGCGUUAUACUAUCUUUGAUUCCGCCUGUUUUCUUCUUCACCACCGUAGCGUUCCUGAUCGCCGGCUAUAACUCCGCCGUGGAUUUGGACUGGUUGCCUGAUUUCUUCCCCGUCCUUCGAGCUUCUCCUCUUCCGUAUCAGCUGACGGCUCCGGCUUUAGCUCUGCUUCUGGUGUUUCGCACUGAGGCUUCUUAUUCAAGGUUUGAACAAGGAAGGAAAGCUUGGGUUAAGAUCAUCAGUGGAACCAAUGAUUUAGCUAGGCUAGUCAUUUCUUCUGUUCAUGGCUCCGGUGAUGAAAUGGUCAUUAGAGAUGCGCUUUUGCGUUACAUUGUUGCUUUCCCUGUGGCGCUUAAGUGUCAUGUAAUUUAUGGUUCAGAUAUUGCUAAUGAUCUCCAGAAUGUGAUGGAAGCAGAUGAUCUGUCUUUGAUUCUUCAAUCGAAGCAUCGUCCUCGUUGUGUCAUUCAAUUCAUCUCUCAGAGUCUUCAGGUGCUGAAUUUGGACAGUACAAAGAUAGAUAUGUUGGAAUCAAAGAUGAUGCAAUUACAGGAAGGUAUUGGUGUAUGUGAACAACUGAUGGGCAUCCCGAUUCCACUUUCCUACACACGACUAACGUCGAGGUUCUUAGUCUUAUGGCAUCUUACGCUCCCUGUUAUUCUCUGGGAUGAUUGCCACUGGAAUGUAGUUCCUGCUACUUUCAUCAGCGCUGCAUCUCUCUUCUGCAUUGAAGAAGUGGGUGUUCUUAUAGAGGAGCCAUUUUCAAUGCUAGCUUUAGACGAGCUAUGUGCUAUGGUGCUUAGUAAUAGUGAUGAAGCUGUUGAAUCCAAAGAGGUCAUACGCAAUCGGAUCAUCGCAAAGAAAAGGAUCCGUGAAAUUAAGCACUCAUCAAAUGGUUGGCAUCAAUCUUGAAGUAAUGAAUGACAAUAUACUGUGUGAUGGCUAACUUAGAUUUUCGAAUGAAUAAUUAAUAGACUUUGGUCAUUAAGUGUAUCUUCCUCAGCUUCCCUUGUGUGGUGUGCUUGUACAUAUGGCAUAAGCAGUGUCUGCUUCUACGGCGGUGAUGUUUUACGCUCGUUGGUUAUUUUUGA